AUGGGCGAGGACGACGACAGUGACAACGAGCAGAAACCAAAUCCAGAAGAGGAAGACAAUGGAGCCGGAGAUGCCUCUGAAGCACCAAAACGAAAGCGCAAACGUAAGCGCAAGAAAAAGGGUACUGAAAAUGAAGGUGACGACGGACAGGAAGGGGAUGCCGUCGACCAGCAACACAGUCAAAACUCUGUCGAAUGUACAGUAUAUGUGGAGGGGAUACCAUUUGAAGCCAAGCCUGAUCAAGUGAAAGAAUUCUUUGCUUCCCAUGGUAUCGAAGAUGUGAAAGAAAUGAGAUUACCAACCUGGCAGGAUUCUGGGAGAUUGCGUGGUUAUGGGCACGUUUUGUUUGGCUCCGAAUCAUCCUUCAAGAAGGCUUUGGAGCUUUCUGGAAAGUAUUUACAGAAGCGAUACUUGACAAUCCAGGCUGCCAACGCUCCUAAAGGAGGAGGUGAUAACCGACCACGAGUUAGUCUUGAUCCACCACCAGAGGGUUGCGCUACACUCUUUGUCCACAACUUGCCCUACGGUGCCACCGAAGACGAAGUGUCUGAAGUAUUUGGCAAGCAUGGUGAUAUUGCAGAUGACGGCGUUCGCAUUGCUCGUAACUCUGUCACUCGUCAGUCGAAGGGUUUUGCCUACGUCGAAUUUCAAUCUGCCGACGAUGCCCAAAAGGUCAUGAAGGCAUGUGCGAAGCGUGCCUUCUCGGUAGGUGGGCGCAUGGUCCGCUUGGACUACGACACGGGGCGGAUGAAGGGAUCCUACCGAUCGCAAACCGGAAGGCUGUAUACCAAGGAACAGAGUGAAAAGCGACAGAAAACCAACUAA